AUGGGUCUCUGCGCUUUUCAUCCUUUACUGGGCAUGAUGCACAUGCGCAGUCGCCGCCUGUCUUUUUCUCCGCGUCGCGGCACACGCCCCGUCUCCGAAGGCCCCUCAAGCUGGAAUCUGCAAGUACAGGGCCGCACCUCACUAGCUAAACUGGCGCGCAGACGUUUGUGCACGCACAAAGCACGGACGAGCAAACGAGUACCAAUGACGUCGACUCUGACGAACAGCAACCGCAUCAACAUCCCUGCGGUAUGCCGGCUUCGUGAGCGGAACACAAACAAGACUGUGGGCUCCGGUGUGCUGGUGGCACAGGGGCUGCUGCUGACGUCUGCCACCGCUAUCCCUACGCAGUCGCGUGCCACGCACAUUGUGGCCACGUUCUUUGAGGGCACCAAGAAGAGCGCCGUGGAUGUGCAACUGCAGCCGCAGCGCUACUACUUCGCCUCCCGCUAUCCGCCAGAAAUGGACUACUGCCUCAUCAGCUGCGAGGAGGCACCGCUGCUCAACGUCACGCCGGUGCACAUGGCACUCACUGGGAAAGGGUGGGCACCUGUGGAGGAAGGCGAUGUGGUGCUGAUCGUAGAGCACCCGAUCGGAGACGUGGCCGGCACCGCAGCAGUUCCAUUGGACGGAAAAGCAACCUUCUCCUCCACGCUAUCCGCGACCGGCGAUGGCGACUUUGAUUCCGUGCGGGCGCCGUACACGGAGCAGAAGCGCUUCGAGGAGGUGCUGCGCUGCCGCGGCAAUGUGAGCUUCCUCAAGUCCAACGGCAGCUGGAGGACAGCUGGCUGUCCCGCGUUCAACGAGCAUGGCCAGCUGGUCGGCCUGCAAUCGCAGAGCAGGGCAGAUGGCGAGGGAGUCGUGAACCGCAUCCUGUCACUGAUCUCUAUUGUGAAGCACCUCUUCGCCAACGUGCAGCUGCCACAUCUCCCGCAGGAGGACGUCACGUUCGAAGAUGUGUGGGACACGUGGUACGUGACGAACGACAUCACGCGCAUCCUCGCCAUCCUCGCCAACUUCAAAGGCAAGUCCAUGGCCCAGCAGGUGACAUGGCGCCUGUGCGAGCUAACAGCAAAGCCGCAGCUGGUCAAGAGUAUCGCCUCGAAUGGCGGCAUCGAGGUUAUUCUCCAGAACCUUAGCCUCUUCUCUAGUGACGAGAAGCUUUCGGAGAGCGGCUUGCGCGCUCUCUGGAAUGUGAGCAUUGGCGAGGAGGCGCAUCUAGCCACCAUUAUCAAAAAGGAAGGCGUACAAACCAUCCUCGACGUUGUAGAGUCAUUUCCGGCGAACGAGACGGUGCUCGAGUUUGGCGCGGUGCUGCUGCACAACAUCGCCGGGUGUCGUGCGGCGCCAAACUUCUCCGAGGCUCACGGCGCGCGUGCGCUGAAGGCGCUGUACCCUGGCUUUCAGCAGUUCCGUGAGAGCGUCGUGCUGCAGAAGUUUGCACUGAGCUUCUUUGCCACCCUUGCGCGACUGAACGAGGACUUUGCACGCGAUUUGGUGCAACAGCAUGUCAUCGAGCACAUUACCCAUCUUGUGGAGGAGAAGCCGAAGCAGAUCUUUCUCAUGGAGAUAGUCGUCGGGUUUGUGGCAGAGCUGGCGCAGUACCCGCAGACGGUUGAGCUGAUGUGUAGUAACACCCCACAGUACGCUGCCGCCAGCAUGUCGUACCUGAUUGACCUCCUCAUUCAUAUCAUCUUGGAAUACAAGGACCUUGACAGCCUUUUGGUGAGCGGCAAUCGGGCGCUGUGGGGACUUGGUAAUGUGCCCACCUGCCGCGGCAUCAUUUUGGAGAACCCACGGGGCAUCGAUGCACUGCGCAUCUCACUGCCACCACUCAUAGCAAGCACCCACCGCUAG